UUCUUCUUCAAUUCAGCUUAUAAUAACCAAAACCCUAUUCAUUAUCUUCAUGUACAUUAAUUUGCUCAUUUCAAAAGAUAUGUCAGGAGUUUGGCUCCCUCAAGCUGGAUCCUCAUCGAGGGGAAGAAAGGUCUUGGUAUAUUUGUCAACAGGUGAAGUGGUGUCUUCUUAUUCUUCACUUGAGAAAAUGUUGAACGGUUUAGGGUGGGAAAAGUACGAGGGUAACCUUGAUCUCUUCCAAUUCCACAAACAUUCCUCCGUUGAUCUCAUCUCCCUUCCUCGUGAUUUCUGUAGGUUCAAUUCCACCUGCAUUUACAUGUAUGAUAUUGUUGUCAAGAAUCCCAACAUCUUCCAUGUUCGCGAUAUGUGAAAUGAAGCCAUCCA